CAAGAGUGAACAAAACAGACACAAUUUCCUUUGCACCUUCUUCUUCUUGAGAAAUGUCUUUCAGGGUGACUGAGAAGUUCAGAUGGCUCACUUCUCAUUGUGGAUAAAAACCAAUUUUAUCAUGUUGGCAUUCUGUCUUUGUUCUGAUGCUGUAUUGUCUCAGUUGCCUGAUGUCAUGACGCCACCAAACUGUGACACAUAUCCAGAUCCACCAUUUUCUUGCACCUAUGACAGUGAUCCCAUCUGUGCAACUGAUAAGAAAACCUAUGGUAACCCAUGUGCAUUUUGCUUUCAUCAAAAACAAAGUAACCCUGAAAUUACUUUUAGUCAUUGGGGCCAAUGUUGAGCUUUGUGUUGUGACAGUGUACAGUCAUAUGACUCCUCCUGUAAUCCCCUUCUGCUGUUGGAUUCUACAGAAUAUUUGUCUACAAUGCCUUAAGGUCCUACAGAAGUAGAUGAAUUCUACUUGGAAGCAGGAUAGACUAUAAGAAUUGGAAUAUUCUUGCAAUGUGAAAAUCACUUAAAUUAAAAAUUAUAAUUCUCUGUCAACGUUCAAACAUUUGAUGAAACUCUGAAAAAUCAAUAGUUUAUAUGUUUAAAGGAUGAAAAUAGAUAUUUCUCAAUUAUAAGCUUUGCUCAAUAAAUGUGUUGCAUGGUUUUUACCUUAUUAAAAUGACUUUUACCAUUGUGAUUUUGCAAUGUGGUUACACAAAUAUAUAAUAUAGAUGAUGUCACUUACCACAAUGUUUCUCAGACUUAUCUUCAGUAGCUAUAAAAUGUUUAGAUACCUAAGACACUCCCGGUUCUUAUGAAUCAAAUUCUUCAGGAGAGGCCAGGCACAGUGGCUCACAUCUGUAAUCCCAGCACUUUGGGAGGUCGA